AUGGCAGGAAAAUACUCGACGAGUGUCCAGCAAAGAAUACAGCUUGAAGAAGAACUUGAUCUUAAGUUAGGGUUCGACAAGUACGAUCAUGGGCAACCACGAAUAGGGUGGUUAUUUAAUAUGACAACUACUAUGUUGGAAGAUAAGAAAAACAUUCGUGGAAGGUCAGCCGUAAAAUAUCACUUUUUUGAGGAGGAUGGUACUCUCUUCACAUGCACACGUUUUUAUAACCCUUAUUUCUACUUGAGGUGCAAGGAUGAUAAGCACGCAGAAGUUGCCUCUGCUUUAAUGAAAAUGUUUGAUAAAUUAAUUUAUAAAAUAGUUGAAGAGCACAAAAAACAAGAUUUAAAAGAGGCAAAUCAUCUUGUUGCGUCCUAUAUUCGGGUUGGGAUGUGGUACGCAGUAGAGGCUGUUGCUGGAGAAGACGGUGUCAAUAUCCAGAUGACACCCAUUCAUGAAAGAGGCGAUCGCCCUGAUCUGCUUGUGUUAGCUUUCGAUAUAGAAACAACAAAGCUGCCUUUGAUGUUCCCUGAUGCAACGAGAGAUAUGAUAAUGAUGAUUUCAUACAUGAUCGAUGGAAUGGGGUACCUAAUUAUCAAUCGUGAGGUGGUAGCAGAAGAUAUCGAGCCAUUUGCUUACUCUCCCGAUAGGGACAUGAUAGGGGAGUUCAAGAUAUUCAACGAAAAGAGCGAGAGGACGAUGUUACAACGGUUUUUUAAGGAAAUUCGGAAAUAUAAACCGAAUAUUAUUGUAACUUACAAUGGCGAUAACUUUGAUUGGCCGUUUGUCGAACGAAGGGCACACGAAUAUGGAAUUAACAUGCGCUCUGAAAUAGGAUUUUACCGCUUUGAUGAAUACUAUAUUAGCAAGCAGUGUGUACACAUCGACUGUUUACAUUGGGUUAGAAGAGAUAGCUAUCUACCUGUCGGUAGUCAAGGUCUCAAGGCCGUGGCUAAAGCCAAGUUAGGAUAUAAUCCCGACGAAUUGGACCCGGAAGUUAUGACUAGAUUUGCGGUUGAACAGCCACAGGCAUUAGCCCAAUAUUCGGUCUCUGAUGCUGUAGCAACUUAUUAUCUAUAUAAGAAAUACGUCCAUCCAUUUAUUUUCUCGCUAUGUAACAUUAUCCCGCUUAAUCCUGAUGAUAUAUUGCGCAAAGGAUCCGGAACUCUGUGCGAGGCACUGUUGAUGGUAUCUGCAUAUAAGGCAGAUAUAAUGAUACCACAUAAACAUGGAGAUGAACUUCACAAGUUUACUGCAGGUGGACCAGACGGGAAACUUAUCCAAAGUGAGACGUAUGUGGGGGGGCAUGUGGAGGCAUUGAUGGCUGGUGUUUAUCGGUGUGAUUUACCCGUCGAUUUCACUAUUAGUUCUGAUGGCAUUGACAAACUUAUCGCCAGUGUGGACAAAACACUCCGAUUUGGUAUCGAAGCAGAGGCAGAAAAGAAUCUGGACGAGAUUGCCGAUUAUGAAGAAGUCAAACAAAGCGUUAUAACAACACUUGAAAUUAUUCGUGAUAAUAACCCUGUUUUGCGAGCGGAACCUCUGAUAUAUCAUUUAGAUGUUGCCGCCAUGUAUCCAAACAUCAUAUUAACUAAUAGAUUACAGCCCGAUUCAAUAGUUAACGAGAAUGUCUGUGCAAACUGUGAUUUUAAUAUCCCAGGAAAGACAUGUGAUAGACGCAUGAAGUGGGUAUGGCGUGGUGAGGUAUGGCCUACAGACCGAGGAGAAUAUAAGAGUAUUCUAGAUCGAUUAGAAAGCGAAUCGUUUCCAGGGAAGACCUCGAUUGACUCGAAGCGUAAUUGGCAUCAGCUUGCAACGAGUGAACAGGCAAAAUAUAUACAGGAACGCCUUGGACAGUAUUCUUUGAAACAAUACAAGAAGAAAAAGGAAACUAUGUCCGAAGAAAGGGAAGCGAUAGUUUGUCAGCGCGAACGCCCAUUUUACGUAGAUACAGUACGCGAGUUUCGUGAUAGACGAUAUCAAUACAAAAGUUUGCUUAAAACUUCUAAACAAAGAUUAGAAAAUGCAAUCAAGAACCGCGAUGUAUCUGAGAUUGAGACGGCCAGGCAAGAAAUUAUUCUGUAUGAUUCAUUACAACUUGCUCACAAGUGUAUUUUGAAUUCAUUCUAUGGAUAUGUCAUGAGGAAGGGAGCCCGAUGGUAUUCUAUGGAAAUGGGGGGUGUUGUAUGCUUAACAGGGUCAUCUAUUAUUCAAUCUGCUAAGGAAUUGGUAGAGCGAGUCGGCGCUGCUCUCGAACUGGAUACCGAUGGAAUUUGGUGUAUCUUUCCGAAAACAUUCCCCGAGAAUGUCACGUUCACGUUGAAGGAUGGGAAGAAGCUAAAUGUUUCGUUUCCAUGUGCAAUGCUCAAUCAAAUGGUUCACGAACGAUACACGAAUGAACAGUACCAAGAACUUGUCAAUAAAGAAACGCAUGAGUAUAAGACAAGGAAAGAGAAUAGUAUAUUUUUUGAAGUCGACGGACCUUACCGUGCAAUGAUACUACCUGCUUCAACUGAAGAAAACAAAUUGUUAAAGAAGAGAUACGCAGUCUUUAAUCAUGAUGGUAGUCUUGCAGAACUAAAGGGAUUCGAGGUAAAACGACGGGGUGAAUUGAAACUUAUUAAAGUAUUUCAAGAGCUUGUGUUUGACGCGUUUCUGCGGGGUAAAACGCUCGAGGACUGUUACCAAUCAGCAGCAGAAAUCGCAAACGCUUGGGUGGACAUUCUCGAGAGUGAAGCAAGGGAUCAUCCAGACUGGUACUUGAUUGAUAUGAUAUGCGAGCAAAAAAGCAUGUCUCGUUCGCUGGAGGACUACGGUGAACAAAAAUCGACGGCAAUUACAGCAGCAAAACGUCUUCAGGAAUUUCUGGGUGAUAGCAUGGUGAAAGACAAAAAGUUGACAUGUAGGUAUAUUAUUUCGAAGCCUCGAAGUAAAGAUGAUGAUGUGAGUCAACGUGCUAUUCCAAUAGCGAUUUUCUCCGCAAGCAAAGAGAUUAAAACGGCAUGUUUGAAGAAAUGGCUGCGAAAUACCAAUAUCGAAGGGGAUAUUGACAUUCGAGAUAUAUUGGAUUGGGAUUAUUACAAGAAAAGACUUAAUGCAACCAUUCAAAGGCUAAUUACAAUACCGGCUGGCUUGCAAAAUAUUGUCAACCCCGUUCCUCGCGUGUCGAAUCCAACAUGGCUAUCGAAAAGGUCUCAGGGCGAUAGACAGCGACUUAUUACAUCCUUCUUUGCUGAAUCAUUUCCUGUUGGUCUAAAUUCACACAAAAUGGAGGUUGAUUGUAUAGAGAACAAUGACGAGAACUUCGGACAAGAAAUAAAUGAAAACGAAAAUGAUAGGGCUUGCCCGGAAGAAGGUAUCCCGGAGCUUGCUGAUGAUGUAGUCAUUAUUGCUCAAAGUGAAGACAGUAUUGGUCCGAAGCAAACGAUAGCUGAAGUGAGUAGCGAACUUAGGAUGAAGCGUUUCGCUGAUGAUCGCUAUGAGACUUCUCAGAGAAAACAAGUUAAAACAACUCACGGGAAGCAGGGCAUCAACAGUGAUUCUGCGACAGACAAUUCGGUAAAUACGUUGCGACGUAAGUUACGUAAACCAUCUAACGUCUUUGACAAGAUAACGAAGAAACCUUUUUCAACCACGACGAAUAAUAAGCCUUACGUUCACCAGAAUAUGCAAAGAUUUCGUAAGAACGGUGAUCCUUUCACGAAUUAUAGCGCAUGGAUCAAGGGCGUUUGUAAACGGCGCACUGCAUUUAGUGACUGGAAAGUGAUUCAUGUUGUCGAAAGUGACGUUCAUGGUGAGCUAACAAAAUGGCUUUCCGAUGGAUUCUCUAUGCGGCGAAGACGAGUUAAAACUAAAGAUAAUGAAAACACGAACAGUAUAGGCUUACCCUCGGAGAUCAAUCACAUAAUUGAUUUAGAACGUAGCAGAAAGCAUUUAAAUGGGAAUGAAUUUGAUUACUUGUACCUUAAUCAUACAAUGCUCGAUGAUGACCAUCAGAUGUUCGCCGUCUUUUCGUCCUUCUCGGACGAUGCCAUGAUAUUUAGCAUCGACAAUUUGAGAGAGACUUCGAUUUGGGAAAGACUAUAUGCGCAAGUGUAUCACACGUUCGAGGAAGAUUGCCCGGAAGUUCUCCAGGGCAAAAACAGACUUUUCGUUUAUUCUCAGAAGCUAACUUUCGACGUAACGUAUUAUAGGAAUGUCAAGCAAACUUUAACAAGUAUAUCCAAUCAAUUGUCUUAUUGCAAAGAACAACAAACACGGCCCACCAUCGUGAUCCUUCAAUCACCGCUAGCUCUCAGAAUUUUGGCGGCUGAUUUAACUGCACUCAGGGACUUUCCAGUCCUGUGCUUACAACCAGACAUGUCAGAUUUGCAGAUUUCCGUUGAUUGGAGGAGACAGAAUGCACGCAAGGCGAUAACCAGUUUUUUGAGUCUUGGAGCCUUAUUAACUGAGCGAUUUGAAAUAUCUCGAUAUGCCAAUGUUCCCGUUUGUAACGUUGGCGAUGAUUGGACAAUAUUUUGUUUAGACGUAUUUUUGGCACAACGGUUAAAGAAAAGAGGACUUGUUGAUUGGCUAUUUUCUGAUCAGAGGAUGUCUACGUGGCAGCAAACCAGUGAAGAUAGCUUACGUACCGGAAAGCAAUUCACAGAUGCUGUAGUAAAUGCGCCAGGUGUUUAUACUACGAUAUGUGUAGCAAUGGAUGUGCAUAAUUUGGCAAUUGACGCUAUAUUUGCGUAUGGUUUGGAUAGCAUACCUCAUGUUGCAGCCCAUAAAAUAUUACCAAUAGUUCGUGAUAUGCUACGAGAAUUGCGUGCCAAAGCUAACCCCGGAGAAAUCCAGUUGACAAACAAGUUGUUUAAUAAUUUUGGACGAUGGGUUACUACUCGUAGAUCUGCCAUGUAUGACCGCCGGCUUGAUUAUGCGGUACAUUAUUUGAUGUGUAAGGCAGUGAAACAACUGGCAGCUGAGUUCUCUGAUGUUGGGUGUACCGUUGUACAUGCUGACAUCUCAAAACUCGUGCUUGCGACAAAAAAGACAACGCUUGAGAACGCGCUUCCUUAUAUCAAUCAAGCGGAGGAUAUUGUUUCGAAGAAGUCUGUAUUUAAAAACCUCAAACUACAUAGAACUGACUAUUGGAUAUAUAUCCAAUGGCAUGACCUACAUAACUACGGCGGCAUCUUAAUUACUAAUAAGAAUUUGCCUGCAGUUGAUAUGCAUUGGAUUAUUGCUGAAUAUCUCCCUCAUCAAGUACGGCAACAAUUUAAUACAAUCAUUACUGCAUAUAUCAAGAUGGCAUGGCAACAACAUAGUAAACCGAUGAGACAGAGUGCAUCAGUUAUUGAAAUCUUUAAGAAGAUGUUAUUGAAAGUUAUGGAUAAUUUUCAUAAAGAAGAGCAUAAAUUCGAGUUCCCGCGUAUACCAGGGUCACCAUUUGCUAAAUCGACGAGACCUGCAGCUGAGUUUGCGAAUGUUAUAUGUAAUAUUUUUGCUGUAGAUGAAGAAUUAAAACUUGAAGUCAUGGAUCUGCGUAAGAAAUUAAUGAGUAUUACGAACGUGAGUGCGCAUGCUCAGCUAGCAGGGCCUAUUAGGGGAUUCGAACUCGUCCGCAUUGAUUGUCGUGGGUGUUAUGCCAGCCGGAAUUUAGAUUUUGCUCGUGAUUCUGACCUCGUGUCUGAAGAGAGGAAAGCAUCAUGGAGUUGUACUCAGUGCGGCAAGGAUUAUGAAAGGUGGAGGAUAGAAGGAGCGCUCGUUGAGCUCGCUCAUAAUUGGUUGUCUGGGCGUCAAGUCGGAAGAACACGAGAAGAUGAUCGGUUUUUGCAAUGGCUUACGGAUUUAGCGGAUUUGCAUCAAAUGAAAUUAUUGGAAGAAGUCGUGGGAUUUGUCAACAAUCAUUUGUAA